GUCUUCAGCCGCUCUCCCGCGCUCCUCGCCAUGGCUCUGCGCUCUUACGGAAACUGGCUCUACAAGACUGGAGGCACGCUGCAUGAGUUGCGGCACGCCAUACUGGCAGGGCAGCGGCAGUAUAUUGGGCUGAAGCCUUUUAGCUCUCUGGUGUGGGAGCUUGUCUCGCGGGGGGAGCAUUUGGAGCCGCCAGCUCAUCGAGUGCCGAUUCCUGAGCCACUUUUGAAGGCUCUCGUCGCCCUGGCGUGGCUGACAGGACACCGCGACUUCGCCGGGGUGGCACUACUGGCUUUCUACGGACUGGGAAGGAUCGGCGAGGUCCUCAGCACGACCCGCAGCGACUUGUUGCUGCCCAAGGAGGACCUUUGGGACCAGGGGCCUCACGUCUUCCUACGCCUUCGAGCUUCCAAGACGGCGACCCGAGGACGAGGCAAAGUACAACACCUGAAGAUUGACGACGAGAUAUCGCUGGAACAAGCUCCUGAGCUGCUGACGGUUGAUCCGGCACUUCGCCUCACCUUGGGAGGGUUGAGGGGAGGUGGGGCGGUCUGGUGCUACCGUGUAGGCGUCGGCAUCUCGGACACACAAUGGAGAAUGCGCAAGCACCAGUCGACCUUAGAGUACUACCUUCAAGAGGUGGGGGCCAUCACUGCUUUGAAUGCUCGUGGUGACGUGGCGUCGAGGAAGAUGCGAGCAGCGUCCGCGACUUUUCCGUUUGUCGUGGCGGGCGCUGCCAAUCAGCCCCCCUCUGCUGCAAACCGGGCCUACGGCCGCGCAGGCCUUUGGCCUUCGCCUUUUGGGUGCUCGUCGCCCCUUCCAUGCCGACUGGCCAUGGAACAGUGGUGGAACUACAUUAUGGGCUCCCUUGGAGCAGCGGAUCCUCGAGGAGUUCGUCUCGAUGGUCAACUUGCUUUCGGCUACGGCCGCUCCUCGCUACUGCCUUACGACUUCGAGUUUCCUUUCUGA